AUGUUAGUCGCCAGGACGUUAUGGAUGAGUCACACGGAGAUAGAAGACCUUCCAGACGGAGUGUUUGGGAACGUGUCCUUCCAAGAGAUGCGCCUCGAGGGCAACAGAAAUCUUCGGAGGAUUCAUCCGAACGCGCUCCUCCCCUCUAAAGAUCGACUGGAAAUCCUAAUCAUGACUACUUGUCAUCUGAUCGACUUUCCAUUUGAGAUCAUUCCGGAGUUGAAGGCACUUAAGGAGCUUCACCUGAAUUGGAAUUAUCUCACCAAUGUCCCAAUGAUCAACAGCAACAGCUUGGAAAAACUAAUUCUCUGGGGAAAUCAAAUAACAUACCUGGAAGACCAGAGCGGCUGGUCCAUGCCAAACCUCAAGGCAUUUUAUCUUGGAGAAAACACGUUCCUCAUGGAGUUGCCACUAAUGUUAGUGGUAACUAUGCAAAACUUGACUCGUAUGGAGCUUCACGGUAACCAAUUCGGACCUGAACUUCCAGAAAGAUUCUUGGAAUUCAAUAGCCCCGCGUUACAAUUCUUGGCUCUGCAUGUUAACAGCAUAUCAAGUCUUGAACCAGGAGCUAUUACAGGUCUGGUUCCUGACACAUUCAUAAAUCUGGGACAGAACGUCAUCGAAGAAUUGCACGAAGCUUCCUUCAGGCCAAUGGUGGAGAUUCUGGCUCAGGGAACCGGGUCAUUAGACUUGCACGGAAAUCCUUUGUCCUGUUGGUGCGAUUUAGCAUGGCUAGUGACGAAUGAAGUACUCCGUCCGAAGGUCACUGGAACGUGCAAGUCGGGGACACGCCUGGAAGAUUUGGACCCUCAAUUCUUCGAAGACCUCUGUUUUCCAGAGAAUAAGGGCGAUGAGAGUGACAUCUCCCUUUGAAAAUUGUUUUUAAAAUGUCUAAAAUAUUGCAUUCCUACACGUUCAGCAGUGCAACAACAAUGAGCCUAAUUUCCGCCCAACAAAAAAGAAGCCGAAC